CCACCACAUUCCCCGGCCCCCACUCGGCAAGCCGGCAUGGCCGCCGCCGCCGCCGCGUGCGCCUCCGUCCGCGCCGACCCGCCGGGCCUCCUCAACUACGCCGCCGUCCACGCCUGCCUGCUCCGCGGGGACCGCCGCCUCUCCCUCCCGGCGCUGGCGCUCCUCCUCCUCCUCCACUUCCGCGUCCUCGCCGCCGCCGCGGGCUCCCACUUCUCCCCCGCGGUCUCCCGCCUCGCGGCGCGCCUCCGACUCUCCCCGUCCAUGGCCGCCGUCACGCUCCUCGCGCUCGGGAACGGCGCCCCCGACGCGUUCGCCUCCGCCGCCGCGCUCGGCGGGGCCGGCGGGAUGCCGCGGGCCGGCCUCGCCGCGAUCCUCUCCGCGGGCGCCUUCGUCUCCGCGUUCGUCGUCGGGGCCGUCGCGCUCAUCGCGGCCCCGUUCGCCGUCCCGCCCGCGUCGUUCGCGCGCGACGUCUUCUUCUACCUCCUCGCCGCGUCCGGCCUCUUCUACAUCUACCUCAGCGCCGAGAUAUACCUGUGGCAGGCCGUCGGGCUCGUGCUCUUCUACGUGUUCUUCGUGGGCUUAGUGGUCUACAUGGAUUUGGAUACUGAAGGAAAGGCGGUGAGCGCCGCCGAGUUGGAGAUGGUGAAUGGCGGUUGUCGCGUCGUGACGGACUUGCCGGUGACAAUGGAGGAUCACAAGCAACAACACCCUACAUUGUGCGGCAUACUCAGAAAGGUGACAAAAGUUUGGGAAUGGCCUGUAGCAUUUGUUCUGAAGCUCACAAUACCAUCGACUCUUCCUACUGAGUGGAACAAAUUUUAUGUUUGUGCAAACAUCUGCCUAUGCCCUCUCUUACUCCUUUAUUCCUUUAGUUCAUUCAUUCCAUUUGAUAGCCGAAUAGUAUUUCUUCUCCCUCAAAGUCGUUUCCCACUCUGGUCUGUUGUGCUUUUCGUGAGCAUUUCUUUAGCUUUAUCUCACUUAAUUUUUGAGAAAGAAGCCCCAAUAACGGAAAAUAUUGCAAAUACCACCAUCUCUUUUGUAAUGAGUGUCUUCUGGAUUUCAACCAUGGCUGGAGAGCUCUUGAACUGUCUUGCAGCAAUUGGAGUUAUUAUGGAUUUCCCUCCAGCUAUACUUGGAAUGACAGUCUUGGCAUGGGGGAAUUCCGUGGGUGACUUGGUUGCUGAUGUAGCAUUAGCGAAGUCUGGCCAGCCAACUAUAGCCAUUGCCGGCUGCUUUGCUGGUCCAAUGUUCAAUAUGCUGGUUGGACUGGGAACUGCACUUGUAAUACAAACAGCCAGGGUGUAUCCCAAAGCUUAUGUACUUGAAUUCCAUGUUGGAAUUGUUGUUGCAUUUGUAUUUCUUCUUUUGAGCCUGAUGGGCACCCUGUUGGUGGUCACCUGGACUAGGUUUCGAGUUCCCAGGUUUUGGGGUUACUGCCUUAUGGGUAUUUACAUCUUGUUUACAUUGGUGAGUAUUGCCAUCGCGAGCUCUUCUGGAUGAUACAUAAUUUUAUACAUAAAUAGCAGAUAGUUGUUUGCAGUAAA